AUGUCGUCCGCCUCGGCCGCCGCGCCGGCCGCUGCCGCCUCGAGCUCGGCCUCGCAGACGCCCGCCGCCGCCGCCGCCGCCGCCGCUCCCGCCGCUGCCUCGGGCACCAAGCCCGCCGUGCAGCCCAGCGAGGUCGGCUGGCUCUUUGUGCCGCAGUACUACACCUUCCUCAACCAGAACCCGGGCCGCCUGCACUGCUUCUACACCAAGAAGAGCACCCUCGUCCACGGCACCGAGCUCGAGGACACGCAGCCGUGCUUUGGCCAGCAGGAGAUCCACAACAAGAUCCUCUCGCUCGGCUUCUCGGACUGCAAGGUCUUCGUCUCCAAUGUCGACUCGCAGUCGUCGGCUGCGGGCGGCAUCCUGAUCCAGGUGCUCGGCGAGAUGAGCAACGCGUCGGGCCCGUGGCGCAAGUUCGCCCAGACCUUCUUCCUUGCCGAGCAGCCCAACGGCUACUUCGUCCUCAACGACAUCUUCCGCUUCCUCAAGGAGGACGAUGCUGAUGUUGAGGCCGAUGGCGAGGCUGAGGCCGAGGUGGCCGCGCAGCCCGCUGUCGAUGCCACGCCGGAGCAGGACUCGCAGGCCAGCAAGGCUGCCGAGCCCAAGGCUGCCGAGGCUGCGCCUGCUGCCGCCGCCGAGCCGGCCGCGCCUGCACCGACCACCGUGCCCGCUGCUGAGAAGCCGGCUGCCGCUGCGCCGGCGCCGGCGGCCGCUGCACCCACCACCAACGGCACGUCGAAGCCCGAGGCUGUCGUGGCCGAGGACGCGAAGCCGGAGGCUGGUGUGGACGCCAAGGUCGCCACGGUGUCCGCUGCCGCCGUCGCGCCUGCCGCGCCCGCGGGUCAGGCUGCUGCCGACGAGGCCGCCGCUGCUCCUGCCCAGCCGGAGGCCAAGACGGAGGCUACUCCCGCCGCUGCUUCCGCCAGCAAGACGGACGCUCCCGCCCCCGCUGCCGAGAGCGAGCCGGCGCGCCUUGCUGCGCCUGCCGCUCCGGCUGCGCCCAAGACGUGGGCCUCGCUCGCCGCCUCCAACUCCAAGGGCUGGGGCGCCACCGCCAGCGAGUCGCGCGGCGUCUCUGCUGCUCGCACGCCGGCCGCCGCACCCGCUGCGCCGCGCCAGGCCCCUGCUGCCCAGACAAACGGCGCGCCCUCGGCCCCCGCCGCCGCUGCUCGCCCGCAGGCCAACGGCACGGGCCAGGCGUCGCAGGCGUACCAGAACGCCUCGACGCAGAACCACGGCGGCGUCUUCAUCAAGAACGUGCUCGUCGCCGAGAUGCCCGAGGAGGGCCUGCAGGCCGUGCUUGAGCGCCUCUUCGGCCCCAUGAAGGAGUGCCAGGUGAUCCCGUCCAAGGCGUGCGCCUUUGGCGAGUUUGCCAGCGUCGAGAGCGCGCGCAAGGCCAUCAUCAUGAGCCUGCGGCCGCAGGACGGCGGCAGCGGCGGCGUGCCCGUCAACGACAAGGGCUUCACCGUCACCGUCGAGGAGAAGCGGAAGAUGGGCGAGCGGCCCACGCCCAGCGGCCGCGGCGGCAUGCGCGGCGGCGCCGGCGGCGAGCGCGGUGGCUUCCGUGGCGGCCGUGGUGGCCGCGGUGCGCCGGCCGGCCGGGGUCGUGGCGCUGCACCGACGCAGAAGUGA